AUGAACAAUCUACGUCACAUCUUCAAAGGUCAGUCUCUAUGGAUAACCGCCGUACUCAUGAUACGUUUAAUCUCAGUUCAUGCGUCAUUGAUUGAAGGAAGAAUGGUUAAGUCAACCGAACCUGGAUAUCAUUGUCAAAGGAAAAUAUACCAUUUCGGUGAAGUUGAAUCGGUUCGAGAAGCAGCUUGUAUUGGAUUCAUAUCAACAAUGAAAGAUUCGAAACGACCCCUCGUUUACACUGAAGAUGAUGAUGAUAAAAAAUUGAUAUAUGAAUGGGAGUUCCCUCUAUCUUUAUCAAAAAUUACUCAGGGUAAAAAUAGGAAAAUUUUAGAAAAAAUAACUUUUAAUAAUAGCUGUGAACUGAUAAACGUGCUUUAUUACGAUACUAAAACACGUAAAUAUGAGUCCUGUAAAAAGUACCCGAUGUCACAGCAAAUACGUAUUCUAAGAUGGAAAAUAUUUUCACUGAGCCUAUGGUUCGUUGCGGAUCAUUAUCAUGGGAACAAACAGAGCUUCAACUUCACUCAACUCAUAACUUAUCCAAAUUCAUGGAUGGUUUUGCCGAAGUAA